CCCAGCUGCACAUAACCUUUGAUUGCCUGCUCACACUCCCAACCGGUCACUCUUUUUAGCAAUUCACGUCUAUAAAAAAAAAACUCCUAAUAAGACAUUUCACAAACAAAGCAAAACAAAAACUCACCGUCACAAUGUCGGACCUCACACAUUUCGACCUCCUUCCCCUCCAGAUGGACCCUCAAUCCAAGGCCAUCAGCUCUCAACAACCAUCGCGCACGCUCAACGCUGAACUCGAAGCUCUCAACACCCUCCAUCGCUCUCUCCUCAACGUCGAAUCACCCACAGGCGCACCCCCUCCCCCCGUGCCCGUCAACCCCAAGCGCACCGCCCAAGUGACCAAGCUUCGCGACUCUGGCAACAACGAGUACCGCAAGGGCAAAUACCCCGAGGCAAUUAAGUACUACACCCUCGGCUUCCAAAUGGCCAUGCAGCGACCCAUGUGGGAGCCCUCCCAGCUGGUGCGAGAGGAGAUCAGCGGAAUUCUGGCGAACCGAGCACAGGCGCACAUGGCGAUGCAGAACUGGGCUGAGGGCGCUGUGGAUGCCCAUGCAAGUGUUGAGGCGCGCUGGGUAGGAAAUGCAAAGGCUUGGUGGAGAAGGGGAAGGUGUUUGGCUGAGAUGGGAAGACUGGAGGAGGCGAGGGAUUGGGUCAGGAGAGGACUUGAGGUUGAGGGUGAAGAGGGAGAGUUGGUACAGCUUUUGAAGGAUGUCGAGGAGAGAAUUGAGAAGCAGGAGGCAUGAACAUCCUGAGUUGUUGAUUACGAUUUGAGUUUGAGGCGGUUUGGGCUGAAGAGGGGUGAGACGGAGUUGACAAUUCACCCGAGACAUGAGUUGACCACAGGAUUUGGGGCCAAGAUGGAGUUGGUCUCAGUUAGAGAUGCCAGCACACUGGCAUAUGGAAUGUCUUUUACAUCAAGGGAAUGCUUUGCUUGGUAAUGGUUGCUAUAGGAGUUUUGUUAAUAUCACUGCAACACAUUUCAUGGAUUCACACAACACUGAGGUUCCU